GAUAUAAAAAAGAGACGCCACUAGAAGCGGCAGCUGUUAAACCGUUGCCAGAUUUUUACACAUUCCAUUCAUGCCAGGUAAGCAAAUUCAGUUUUUACAGAUUUUCGUGAUGUAUUUUCCUCGAAUCAUACGGAAUAGACUAUUUAAAAGCCUUUUGAAUGCUGAUUAGUAAUAGUUUGAAUACGUAUUAUUUUUUUAUUUAUAUAUAUAUUUAUAUAAGGUUUCCAUUUGGUAGUGGCUGUGCCUUUAGUAAAAAUUAUUCGACAGAUACGUUCUGGAUUAUGACGAGAAUUUAGAGAUUUAAUGUUGAGGGCGUAUAGAAGAAUGGAGCAAUCGGGAAAAAGCUUAGUGAGUAGAUAAAUCGGCUAGUUUUAUAAGUAAUUAUUACGCUCGUUAGAAAACAGCCGGUGUUUUUGACAGAUGGCGUUAGUAUAGGCGGUUAUCUACAUUGUUUUCUACAUGUUUAGGCCAAUGUACAAAUGUAGAACAAUUAAUUCUCUUAUCGAACGUGUACAGUCGCGCGAGAGUCGCAGCGGAAAUUCGAGAUCUCAAUAAAAGUUUUUUGGCUAUUUGACUAGAGCUGUAGAUCGCCUGUUAUUCUCGCCACGUAGUACUCAAAGGAUAUUAUACAUUAACUGUUCAUUCGUUGCUGUUAUUCGGGCCAUGUAUCAAAUCGCCUCAACCAACUAUAACCAAUUGGUUAUGCCAUUUCUUGAUCCGUCUAUGGCCGCUGCUAGUAUGAAUAAUCAACCGAGUGUUACAUUCGAAACUCAGGUAAUUUUUACUAUUUGGUUUCCCCAGUCCUAUGAGUCAACUUUUUAAAGGGUUGUGACAAAACAAUAUUUAAUAAAAUACGUAAAAAAAGAUGUCGCCACUGAACUUUUAACACGCUGAAGAUGGCGUCCAUGUCGGUCUGCUAGCCAGAACGAGCUAUAGCCGAUUUCGAUGGCUGCGGCCGCCACGUUGAAGAGGUGAGAUUGCGUAAAUAAAAGAAUGAACGGCAGAGAAGGUCAGUACGACGAUCGGUCGUUUCCAAACUACGGAGCAACGGCCCCGUCUCAAACGGCCUACAGAAAGCAGAAUUUUUCGGCGACUAGAAAUAUGCCGGCUGCCAGCCCGAGUGCAAGUUCUUCGAAGAGCUAUGGUUCGGAUACUUUAAGCACAACGAACCUUUAUAUUAGAGGAUUGAAUGUAAACACGACGGAUAAGGACUUGUUGGCACUCUGUUCAAAGUUUGGAAAAAUCAAUUCAACCAAGGCUAUCGUUGAUCCCGCAACAAAUAAAUGUAAAGGGUAUGGAUUCGUUGAUUUUGAAAACCCACAGGCAGCUGAAGCAGCUGUGAAAGAAUUACAGUCUACUGGAGUUCAAGCACAAAUGGCUAAAGUUAGUAAGGCUCAAGAGCAAGAUCCAACCAAUUUGUAUAUUGCGAAUCUACCGGUUGUCUACACCGAACAAGACCUUGAGAAGAUGUUCUCACCAUACGGACAAGUCAUCAGCACUAGGAUAUUGAGGGACCAGAGUGGAACUAGUCGUGGUGUUGGCUUCGCAAGAAUGGAAUCUAAAGAGAAAUGCGAACAGAUUAUACAAGCAUUUAACAGCAAAAUUGUUGCAAAUGCUCAAGAGCCACUGAAUGUUAAAUUCGCUGAUUCCGGUCAUAAGAAGAGAACUAAACCAACCAAUAUACCCCACCAGUGGACCGAAUAUAGGGCACAGGCGGAUAUCCAGGGUUACCCGAUAGGCAUACCCUUCCCGUUUGAUCAACAUCCUCAGAAUGGUAUGCCACAAGUUCUGACGCCUCCAAACAUGCGUUAUGCUCCAGCAAAUUUGGGUUAUAGUCAACCGCUUGCUGCAAGUAAUCCGUGGAUGUAUCCAAAUAUGAUGCCGACUCAUGCAGCUAUGGCACCGGCUAAUAUAAGAUUACUAAGAAUUGUAUAUGUAAGAGCGCGCAUGCUAGCAUGUAUUACAGCAGUAACUAGAGGGCGCAUGGCUUGCCUGCAGGUGGCGGGCGGAAGCAAUAUACCGACAGCAGCUUCGCCCGGAACGGGAAUCGACGCUCACCUCUAUUCUCAGAUGAAUCAACUAUCGUUAGAUGCCCGAGACCCAGCUGUAUCAACGGGUGCCCAUAUUUGA